UUGAUUAGAUGUUCCAACGGUUUCAUAUCAUUCAUCCCCAAAACUUUUUAUUAUAUUAAAAAAAAAGAAAGAUCAUUCGUCUCCAUCUGGGUUCUGCCUUCUUCGCCUGGAUCCACCUUUCCUCCAUCCUCUGCUAAAUCACAGAGUUCCUCCUGCCAUGAUCCAGUUAGUUUCAUGAGCUGUUCAUUGGUUUUAUCUGGGUGCCUUUGAAAUGGAGGUCGGCUUAGGGAAUGUACAUCCUGAUUGCCCCAACGCCGCCAAUCCCUUCCACGAGUGCACUGCUCACUGCUUCGACGUCAUUUCCUCCGGCCAUCCCCACAGAAAGGACAAGAGGCUCUUCGGCUUUGGUAAGAAAAACCCGAUCAAGAACACCCCUCCUAGCAGUCCAGCUCGGGUAAUAGCCGGAAACAGAUCCCCUCUUCCCAGCUAUUACCGUGCUAAGAAGAAGGUUGAAUCCGACGACUCGCCUUCCUACUCGUCUUCGGAUGACUAUGUCACCGAUAACUUUGUGAAUAGGCGUACGCCACAGCGUGGACAAGCCAAGAACUUGUCGAGAUACAAUGUCGCUGCAGAGAACGACUCUCUCCCCAUGUCUCCUUCUCUCGCGGUUUACACAGAGCGCGAUCCCUUUACAUCGAGGGUAUGCUCCCUCUUUCUCAUUCCCUUGUCUGUUAAUUGCCUCUUCUCCUCCAAAGUUUGGUCAAUCUCAUGUUUAUUUCCACUCUAUAUUUCCUUUUUUCAACAGUUGGAUCCCCGCAGAGGUACAGACCCUGAUAUGUCACCAAGGACCUCCACAACUCGGCCUAUGACCCCUGAUGCUCGAUCUGGGACACCUGAACGUCACUUCAGAGCGACACCCGAGCAUCGGCCUAGGAGCAGGACUCCUGAAGCUAGGCCGAGGACUCCCGACCAUGAGCAAGUUACUCCUGAAACAAGGCCGAGAACACCUGACACUAGGCCUAGGACCCCUGAACAUUAUUUCAGAGCGACACCUGAGCAUCAGUCUAGGCCAAGGACUCCCGACCGCGAGCAAGUGACUCCUGAAACAAGGCCUAGGACACCUGACACUAGGCCUAGGACUCCUGAACAUUACUUCAGAGCGACACCCGAGCAUCAGUCUAGGCCGAGGACUCCCGACCGUGAGCAAGUGUCUCACGAAACAAGGCCUAGAACACCUGACACUAGGCCUAGGACCCCUGAACAUUACAUCAGAGCUACACCCGAGUAUCAGUCUAGGCCGAGGACUCCCGACCGCGAGCAAGUGACUCCUGAAACAAGGCCUAGAACGCCUGACACUAGGCCGAUGACUGUUGAAUAUAGGGUGAGGUCACCUGAUCGCAGUGCAAGAUCUGCAGGACCGCGGUCAAGGACCCCAGAGCCUCAAGCAAGAUAUCUCGAGCCACGGGCUAGGACGCCUGAGCCAAGGGCAAGGACACCAGAACCUGGGCCGAGGAUCCCCCGAACUCAGCCUACAUUCCGUGAUCUUGCGGCUGGUCAAAGAUCGCCUCGUGCUUACAAUCCUGUUGGGAACAAAGCGGAUUCAGUCUACACUGACGACGAUGACGAAUCCGUACUUCUCUAUCCCGAACUUCUGUUGUCCCCUCAAGAAAGGCCAGCCUCUAGACCCAUCACGCCUGAACGCCGUGGAAAAGAAACGCCGACCAAACAGGAAGAGAUGGCUGAGUCAGAGAGCAGUGAUGACAACUUUUCGUUUGUAGACGACGACCGCUCUGUUUUACUCCACCCUGAAAUCGUCUCCUCUGAUCUGAAACCCAAAUCCGGAAGCAGCACGCCUGUUCAUCACAAACUCCGAACAUCAUCGGGCGAACAAGAAGAAAACUUGAAGAACAACGAGCCCCCAGAGCUCCCAGACGAAUCCCAGAGCUUCACUCUCUCCGAGAUCACCCGCAUGAGAGGACUGAAACACUACGAAACCCAAUCUAUCAUCUCAGAAUCAUACGUCUCUGUCGGGAAUUACAAAGUCAGAUCCAGCCUCUCAGCAGCUCUUCAGUACAUUCUCGACAAGCACGGCGACAUAGCCUCUGGUUCCAAGCUGCAAUCGCUGCCCACGCGAUCGUAUUACCUGGAAACGGUAGCGACCAUUGUUCUUGAACUCCAGUCGACGCCGCUGAGGGAACUGAAAGAGACCCGCGUCGCGGAAAUGCUGACAAUGGUCAAAGAUGUGGAGUCGGUGAAAAUUAGGGCAGGAUGGCUUAGGUCCCUACUGGAGGAGGUUCUGGAGGCGGCGAAGCACUUCGACCGGCACGAGGCAACGGUGGUGGAGAAGGAGGCUUGUGAGGGGGAGAUGGUGAAUGCGAGAAAGGAGAUGGAAGGGAGGAUGAAGGAGCUGGAGACGAAGGAGAAGGAGACGAAGGAAUGCAGAGAGAGAGUGACGGUGAUGGGAGGGAAACUGGGAAUGCUGGAGAUGAAGAGGCAGAGAUUGGAGAAGAGCUUAGGGUUCCUGAGCUCAAAGGUCGACAAGUUUCAGGGGAAAUCCGUGAUGGAAGACAUCUUGUGAUCUAUGUUCUUUCUCAGUUUGUGUUCUCUCUGUUCCGUUAAAUACUUUUCUUUUCUUUCUUUUUUGUCAAAAUUCUUUCGUUUGCGUUUGAAUUCCCCACCGCGGUAUUCGGCGUUUUCUUUGUUUAUCGACGGAAAUGCGUUUGCGUUUUUGUUAUAAGAAUAACAGUGUACGUAUAUGCGAAAA